AUGGAUCUGAAUAACGACACGUUCCUUGCUACGUUCGGCAAUGAUCAAGAUUACGUUAGAGCCCUCACAGGGGGUCCAUGGGUCAUCCUAGAUCAUUACCUAAUCGUUCAUCAGUGGUCACCGUCAUUCCGAACGUCUGAUAAACCACAUCGGUCUGUAGUAGCUUGGGUUCAACUGCCGGAGCUCCCUGUUCACUUCUAUCACAGGGAGAUACUCUUUGCUCUAGGUAAUCUUAUUGGCCGAACGGUCAAGCUAGAUUAUCACACAGAAAAUCUGGAAAGAGGCAAAUUUGCUCGGAUUGCUGUAGAACUGGACAUGACGCGGCCUCUUCCAUCGCGAAUAAGACUCGACGGAGCUUGGCAGCAAAUCACGUAUGAGAAUCUCCCCAUAAUUUGUUAUGAAUGCGGGAGAAUUGGGCAUGUGGAGGAGGAUUGUCCGCAACUACUGCCGCCACAAAACCUUGCGCUGGUCACCAUUCCAGGCCAGAGCCAACCAACGCCGCCGACGAACAACUCGCCGGAGCCCCCCUCUGGCUUUGGUCCAUGGAUGCAGGUGACGCGUAAAUCUCGGCGGUCAUCUCGAAAACCUUCCGCAAAUGCAUCGCCGAAUAUCACUCAAUCAAGGGAUUCUAGGCAUGACGUAGGCAACGGCUCGGCCUCUACAAAAGGAAAGCAGGAUCAAGCAAACGGGAAGAUUAUUUUGGAAGCAAAAGCAAAGGGAGAUCAAAAGACAGUAAACAAGAAAGGAAAUGCUACAACUCAGAAAGGGAAAGCCUUGGCUCAAGAGGAAAAAGGCAAUAUAAACAAGAAGAAGGAAAUCCAAGAGUGGCGGGUCGUGGAUAAUAAAGGCCAAGACUUUGAAAAUAACCAUUCUUCAGAAGCCCACUCCAUGACCGCCUUUGGAGCCUCUUCCUCUAAGACAAAAGCCCAGGAACAAAAGCUCACCAUUGGCCCAAACAACACUAAGAUCCACGCUAUCCAAGUCCCUCCUCUGAUACUCGCCCAGAAGGAAAAUCAGAAUCCUAAUGAGUCUCACCCAUCAGUUCGUCAUCACUACCAAAGGAAGAACGCUGAUCGCUCGUCGACAAUGGAAAAGACAAAGGGGAUCAAUCUCAAAGCAACAAAAAAGCCGCUACAGCUGAGUUCUUCCGCCAAAAAGGAACUAACCAGCAAGUUUAAAGAGGCGCACUUCCCAAUCACUAUCGAAUCCAUAGAGAAAUUCUUCCAUCACACCCAGAAAAUGGCUAGCGGGGAUGAGAUACCCCAAACGGGAGAAACCAGCGAUGUCAAUAUGGCAGAUGGAGGGGCGACUAAUCAAGGGAUUGUUGGCAACGGACCUUUGAUCACAGAACCUCAGAUGGCACUAGAUACCUAA